AUGGCUCACAAGCGUAGAUUUCGACCUUCGGAUUCUUUGGCUACUAGUCGUAUUCCUCCCCUAUCUUUUCCUAAGAAAAUGCAUACUUAUCGUUCUUCGUCUAAUCGAGGCCCAUGUGUUGCCGACACCCCGCCUAACCUUCCACUGAUCACUCAUGCUUUGUCCGGUAAGGCUCUUCAUGACUGCGUGGUAACUUCUGAUCUUGCCUUAGCUUCCACUAUAGAUUCAAUUUCAUCCACCCCUGAGGCUCCUCCAGCAUCUUCCGAAGCCAUAGUCUGUCCGACUGCUAUUCGAUCAGAUUCCGUGUUUAUUACUACAAAACCAAUCCCCAGUGGUUCAACCGCCAAGGGUCAUCUUCGUAGGGGUGAGCUUGAAAAGAUUAUGUUUCGUCAGAGGCUAUUCAACGCCUUUGCUCCCCAGGCUUCUGUACUGACUUCUGAUCCUCCAGUAUCUACUGUCUCUCUAGUUGUCACUCCAGUUGUUCCUUUAUCCACUAAGGAUCCAUCAGAUUCUGCUAAUGUUAUUAAUCUAGACUCCCUGAUUCCUGACAUGGAUGCGAGGAAUUUUGAUUAUGCCGGAUCUUUCCAUGGUUCCUCUUCUUUUUAG